AUGAGAUUCUGGAUUCUAUUUUCAGUUUCUGCUAGAGCUAAUCAAUGUUUACCAAACGUAUCAGAGGUAGUCGUUAACACAGGACCAUUUUUUGGCGGGAAAAUUGCUGUGGAAAACAAUGACGACGAGAGAUGUGUUGUAAACGGGAACAGAAGCAGCCCUCAAGAUUCUUACACAAUCAACAUAGUCCAUGAUAUAUGCGGAAGCAAAAUAAUGAACAAUUCUAGGGUAGAUACCACGAUUGUGGUCCAUGAAAACAGAAAUAUUAUCACCCAAAACUCGCGGCGAUAUUUAGUUCAAUGUAACCUGAUACCGAAGGCUUUCACCAUCCGUGCUGCCGUUUAUAUUCCAAAACCCCACAAAAAUGGCUUAAACAUGAAACCUGUGGAUCAGGAUAAAGACGUGAAAACUCCAGAUCAGUAUAUAAACAUGGAACUGGUGGAUCGUAAUAUAAAGAUGAAUUCGGUGGGUGAUGAUAUUAGUGAUACCAGAAAUGAUAUUUUCACCUAUGAUCACUAUAAGCAAAACAAUGUCAGAGACUCAAGAUUUUUGGCGCAACAAAGUGCCUCGGUGGACAAAACUGUUGAGACAACAGAUUCUAACGCUAUUGGACAGCUGACUUUGAUGGUUAUCCUGGUAAUUGCCGCUGUUGUAGGAUGUACUACCGCUAUAUGGUGGCUAGUAGUGUCAAAGAAACGGGGCGAAACGGAUAUCAAGCCAGCGUCUACGACAGGAUCGUACGUUAGGUUUUCACCAGACAAUGAUACCUUGAUGCAAGAAGUACUCCAAGACGAGAAAGACAAAAAUAUUUUUCAAGCCUAUUCUACACCUGUAACACUGAAAUCGGUGAAAUCACUCCCAGAAGUAUAUUCUUCGAACUAA